UUGGUGGAGGUUGGCGGCGGCCAUUCAUUCUUCUGCGGUCCGCCGGAGGACGUGGAGCGAAAAAGAGCAAAAGACAACAGACUCAAAGGAAAGGAAAGGAAAAGUCCGCCCGAGUCUCACCUCACGCCUAAAAAAAAGAGAGAAAACCAUCCAGUGACUUCGAUAACGGGAGUCGUCUAUCGUGUGGGAGUUUUCAAAAGCUUCCUUCAGCAUCUUUCAGUCCAACGCGACUGACUCAUCAUCAUCGUCAUCACUUGGACUUGGCAGUCGUCUCCAUCUCGAGGUUCCACGUGGGAGUGAACACAAAGGUCAGUCGGAUGGGGGAUCUGAAACGGCGAAUCUGCCGCAUGUCCGGACGGACUCCUUGACAUUCUGGCAGCGCUCUUAUCGGAGCACGUCUGGAGGAGGUUUGCGACGCAGAUGAGCUCAUCGGCUUUGAUUGUGCACAGUCCACGCCGGGGCCACAUGACGGGAUGUUGCUGUUGGCCCGUCGGAGAGGGGUGACGAAAAGACCAGCGAGACAAAAGAGGGGUGAUCCAGCUCGGCUUGUUGUUUUAUCCCAGAUUUGCCGCACAAGUGUGGCCACCGUGUGGACCCUCUCACCAAGUGUCCCCCCCCCCCCCCCCAACCCCAUCCUGGCGGAGUAGCCAAUCAGAGGAGACGUGGGAGGGGUCAGGGUCGAAGGGUUCGGGGCGGCCCGGUCCCGGAGAGGCACUGGAGUGUCAGAUCUCCUAAAGAACUGGACUACGAGCCUCUGCGGAGACAGGUGUGUCCCACGCGGACUGGCUACCGGGGGAACGCCGCCUUUAAAACGAUGUAGAGGCGGAAACCGGUGCCAAAGUGCCAGGAGGAGGCCAGCGCGUCAGACGGCGGUCAGAAGGUAAAGAGGACACUCUGAGUAGGAAGUCAAGCGUCGACCUGAAAAACUGGCGAGGGUGUUGAGAAGCAGACCAAAGCGGCUGAAGGGAAGCGAGUAAUAAAAAGGGCCGGAAGGACUGAAGAGGACCAGGAGGGCUAAAAAAAAAAAAGAGCAGAAAGGACUACAAGAAGAAAGGAAUCAAAAGGAGCGAAGGGGUUAAAACAAGGACCAGAAGGGACUGAAAGAAGGGACGCAAAGGACUGAAGAACGGGACUACAAGAAGGACUGAAAGACAGACUACAAGGACAAGAAGUGAAAGAAUGACUAAAACGAGGAAGUAAUUGGCUUAAAUGACAAGUGAACACCAAUAAUUGAAGGACUAAAACAAGGACUUAAUAGGCUUAUGAAUGAACUGCAAAAGGACUAAGACCAGGACUUAAAGAAGGGCUAAGGGAAGAACUGAAACAAGGACUAACGCAAGGAAGCAAGGACUCUACCCAAGGGUUUAAACAAGGACUUAAAGAAGGCCUGACUAAAGAAAUUAAUGAAGGUCUGAAACACGAACUUCAGGAAGGACUUAACGGAACAACUAAAACAAGGACUUAAACAAGGCCUGAAGGAGUGACUUUAAAGGCCUGGAGGACUUAAAGUAGGUCUUAAAUGAGGACUUAAAGAAGGACUAACAAGAACUGAAAUAAGAACUUAAAGGCCUUCCGGAAGGAGUAAAGGACUCUGAGAAGUCCUGAAACAAGGACUUGAAGGAGGACUCAAAGAAGGACUGAGGGAUUUAAAGGAGCAGCGAAAGGUCUGAAGUAAGCGUCGACCAUGUGCCACGUGAUCGUGACGUGUCGCUCCAUGCUGUGGACGCUGCUGAGCAUCGUGGCCGCCUUCGGCGAGCUCAUCGCCUUCAUGAGCAGCGACUGGCUGGUGGGCUUCCCUCGCACGCCCGACCACCACCACCACGGCUCCUCCUCCUCCUCCUCGUCCUCGGCGGCGGCCGGCGAGGCGUACCGCCCCACGCUGGGCAUCUACGGCCGCUGCGUCAAGCUGCCGCACCUCCAGCGCGGCGUCCUGUGCGGACCGUACGCCGUCCACUUCGGGGAGAUCGCCAGCGGGUUCUGGCAGGCCACGUCCAUUUUCCUGGCGGCCGGCAUCCUGCUGCUCUGCGCCGUGGCCUUCAUCUCCGUCUUCACCGUGUGCUUCCAGAGCAUCAUGAAGAAAAGCAUCUUCAACGUCUGCGGGCUGCUGCAAGGCAUCGCGGGCCUCUUCCUGAUCCUGGGCCUGAUGCUGUACCCGGCCGGCUGGGGCUCGGACAAGGCCCGCCUGUACUGCGGCGCGGAGGCGGCGCCGUACCGGGCCGGCCUGUGCUCCAUGGGCUGGGCCUUCUACACGGCCGCCGGCGGCACGGCGCUGACCUUCCUCUGCGCCGUCUUCUCGGCGCAGGCGGAGAUCGCCACGUCCAGCGACAAGGUGCAGGAGGAGAUCGAGGAGGGCAAGAGCCUCAUCUGCCUCCUCUGAACUCCGCCGCCGCCGUCGCCGCCACGAAAGACUCGGCACUGUAAAUACGUGUACAUAGAUUUGCAUUCUGUCAUUCGUUCCGGGGUCACGCCACGACACGCCACGCCACUCCACUCCACACCACACUAAUAAAAACUCCACUCGGUGUGGAACCAGCGACGCUGUGAUAUCGACUGGCUCUCUGUCACCGUGUGUGCGUGUGUCCAAGCGUGUGGCCGUGUCAAAGUGUGUGACUGUGUGUGCUUGUGUGUCCUAAUUUGUGUCCAUGUUUGCAUGCGUGUGAAGUUGUUUUAAAGUGUGUUUGCGAAUAUACUUGUCCAAAUGUGUGUGCGUGUGUGUCUGUGUGUGCGUGUGUCCAGGUGUGGAAGUAAGUGUGUUACACACUCAGACUUUGUGUCCAGGUGUGGAUGUCCACAUGAAUCAGAAUCAGAAUCAGAAUUAUCUUUAUUUGCCAAGCAUGUUGAAAAGAGACAAGGAAUUUGUCUCCGGUAGUUGGAGCUGCUCGAGUACGACAACAGACAGCCAUUUGACAGAAAAUACUUUAGAGACAUAAAAACACAGUACAGAGCGUCACUGAGCAAUGAAACGUUACCGGUAGUGUGGUAAUGCAGACACAUUUAUUUAGUUGUUUUAUUGUUUGACAAUUGUGCAAAGGAUGCAGAGUCCUCUAUCAAUUUCGAGCAGUUGGAAAAUUACUAAUAGAGCGCUAAUCUGGCACAGCAAAUUCAAGAAGUUCAAAGUGACUAGUAGUGCGCUAAUCUGGAACAGUGUCUAGGCGAGUAUGUGUGUACCA